CGUUGCGCCUACCACUUCGUCGACCUCGACUUCCGAGUACGUUGCGCCUACUACUUCGUCGACUUCCGAGUACGUCGCUCCCACCACUUCGUCGACCUCUACCUCGGAGUCCGUUGCGCCUACCACUUCGUCGACCUCUACCUCGGAGUACGUUGCGCCUACCACCUCGUCCACCUCGACUUCUGAGUACGUCGCUCCUACUACCUCCUCGACCUCCGAGUACGUCGCUCCUACCACCACCUCCUCGUCGACCUCCGAGUACGUUGCGCCUACCACUUCCUCGACCACUUCCAGCGCCGCUGCUGCCUCCUCGUCUUCGUCGUCUGGCACUGGCGAGUACUCUGGCGACGGAACCUACUACGCCACCGGCCUUGGCUCCUGCGGCGAGACCUCGUCCGACACCGACUUCAUCGUCGCUAUCUCGACCAACCUCAUGUCGGCCGAGGACAAUGGCAACUCGAACAACAACCCGCUCUGCGGCAAGACCAUCACCGCCUACCGCGGCUCCAAGUCCGUCACCGUCACCGUCGUCGACACCUGCAUGGGCUGCGACACUUACGAUCUCGACUUUUCGCCCGCUGCUUUCGACCAGCUCGGCGAGGAGAGCGAGGGCAGAAUCUCCAUCACCUGGAGCUACGACUCGUAAGCGACGCUGCGCUUCUGAACCGCUUUGCUACUUGCUAGCGAUGCGAGCGACUCUGUGACUUGGCUGCUUUUUGUUAUUAUGUUUUAUUUGGGAAACUCCUGGACUCUUCGGGCUAUAUAUUGGAAAUCUUGCUUUUUUUUUUUAUCUUUUUACCUUAUGUUAUGUUUAAACGACAUGUUAUAUGUGACGACUUUACGACCCUACCUGUUUUUGGAAAUAUACUGCGAUACUUGAAAAUGUUCACCACAAAAUAUAAAUCCGUUGCAAAUUUAGCAGUCAGAGACUAAUUGGUAGUAAAUUGCCUUUUAGAGUAGGUGAGAUUCGGAACCAGAAUCGCGCAAGAAAGGUUUAGUUACCCGGAGACCAGGGCAAACGCGCAACACGUGGAUUCGCAAACGCGCAGAUGGAAAAA